AUGGCGAGCCUUUGCAAUGCUCGCGUUGUGCCUCUCUGGCUGGGGCCCUGGCUCGUGUUCUUCUGCAGAGUUCAGGGCACUUGCUUGCCGGAAGCUCGGCCGGUGGAAGAAAGGCGCAACCUGACAAAUUCCUCAGGCGGGUCGCUGCCGGUGGGAAUGAAUCACGGCUUCAAUGAGAUCUCGGAAAUUGUCACUCGCAUUGCCGGCAUGCUGAUUCAGGAUGCCUUGGGUUUUAAUGUGCACAUUAACCCACGCUCUGGCGGGGAAAGAGCUUUGUACUACUUGGCUGGCUGUGACCAACCACAGAGCAGAACAGGCUGCAAUGGUGGUCCCAACCAGUACCACAUCGCACUGAUACCAAUUUCCGAGCGUCAUUGGGACGCAAAAACGGUGUUCAAGUCGAAGAAGCCAGAAAAAGUUGGGACUGGAAUAGGGUAUGAGGCGAUUGCCACGUUGCACAUGACUGAGGAAGUGGCGCAGCAUGCCCUUCAGGAAGAGGGCCUUUCGCUUCAGUAUUACUCGAACUGGAACGCAUCCUGGUGGGAUGUGUCCAAGUAUUUUGACAAUUUCACAUCCAUUCCAACAUCGCAGCUCCUACGAUGCGACGAGGUCUGGCUUGGAGAUCCUACAUUCAUGGCUACAUAUGUGAGAAUCACCGGAGAUCUGGACGGCCUGCACCCAAACGGCACCGGUAUAUGUCCAGAUGGCCACUGGUUUCUAUCUCCAACCUGCAGGGCGAAUCCAUCGAAAUGUGUCCCUGCUAUGUCCCGCGAAUCAUUCUCGGGCUCGGACAUGCAGCAAAUUCUCCAGAAAAGCGCCGCUUUCGACAUGCCCCUCGCCAUAGCCAAAGCGCGCCCGGAGUUUGACAGGUCCGUCGUGCUCGAGCGUCGUGUGCUCUUCUGGUUAAACCGACCUGACCUGGAAUUGCGUGCCGCUCGCCCCGUCCCGGUAGUGUUCCCAGCCUAUGACGACGUAGCUUAUCAAAGUGAAGAUUUCAGAACGCUUAACAGUGGAUUUCUCAGUGCGAAGUGGAUCUCAAGAGACCUGGCAGUUCUGGCACCCAGCAUUGUGGACUUCAUCACCCGCCUGGAAAUGCACAGUGCAGUGAUCGAAGCUCUUUUUGAUUUCCUUAACAUUGAAGGCGUUUCAGACGAGGCACUUUGCCAGUGGCUUUUGAAUAAUCGCCAACACUGGACGUCGUGGAUUCCAGAUGAGACGCAAUGCAUUCCCGGUUUUGGGCUUUACGAUACUGUUCAUGGGGACUACAUUCAGAUGCGUGGGGAAUCCGUGCAGGGAGUGGUGUGCAAGGCAUGCGAGUCCGGCCAGUCAUCGGUGCAGCAGUUCGACGACCGUGGCUACACUCAUGUGUGCACCUUGUGCCCUCCAGGGACGAGCCAACCAUCAGGGGCUGCGAUCUCAUGCACGCCGUGUGGCUUAGGAGAAUACCAAGACAUGGCCGGAAGCAAGGCUUGCAAGCGCUGUGGGGUUGGGAGCUAUCAGGAUGAGCUGGGCGCCACAGCUUGCAAGAGUUGCAUGAACGAUACGACGACCGUUGGCCUAGGCUCGCUGUCAGUUGAGGAAUGUGGAUGCAAUGCUGGGUAUAUCAACAUCGCCUCAGCCCCCCCAGCACAGUGCGAGGCAUGCCAAGCUGGCUUGGACUGCCCUCGAUUGUCGAGCGUGCACUCCUUUUUCAACGGAGAAUCAGACUUGGGAGAGGAGUUCAUCCCGAAGAUCAAGGAAGGGUACAUGAGUCUUGCAGCGGCAGGUCUGGACGUCUACCAAUGCGUCAACUCGGAAGCGUGCCCUGGUGGUAAGCCAGGCACCUGCAAGGGCAACAGCACCGGCAUUGCCUGCUUCGAGUGCGAGGAGGAGCAGCGGUGGAACGGAGACGAAUGCUUACCUUGCCAGCCAUGGAUCAGGGUCGCUUGGGGCGUGGUGCUCGCAUGCGUGUGUUUGGCCAUUCUCCUGGCUCAUGGCUUCAAGUUGGACUAUCAGAUGGGAGUGAACGGCAUGCUCGUUUUCACCUUUCUGAUGCUUUUCGAGGUUGCAGGCAACUUCCUUCAGACCUUGGCCAUCGCUGGGCAAAUGACCCUGGAGUGGCCUCAGCUACUACUCGACAUCUUCUCUGUCAUGGAGGUUUUCGCUUUUGAAGCUACUGACCUCGGCAUCAGCUGCAUUGCGGGCCCGGCUCCAUUGGCGCAGUUCACUUUCCAAGUGAGCUUGUUUCCUGGUGCGCUUCUCUGGCUGGUCUGCUGCAAUCGGAUUUUGUGCUUGCUUGGUCGUGUCCGCACGGGCACGCAGCUGAUGUCUUCUUUGGGGCAGAUUGUGAUGGCCUGCUUCGGUGCAGUGAGCAAUCUCGCCCUGGUGCCCUUCAUGUGCUUUCGGCAUCCGAACGGUGAGCAGAGCAACCUGCAGAUGCUGAGCAUCAUCUGUGGCUCCAGCGAUCAUGCCGCGAUGCUGGUGAUGGGCUCUUGCUUGUGCGCUUUGCUUAUCGCCUUUUGGUGUGUUUGCGUGUGGCUUUUAUGGUCCCUGCCACGGUUCAGCAUGAAUGAGAAGUACCAUGACUACGUCGUUGCAUCCCAGUUUCUCGUCGACAAGUUCCGCCUCGAUGCCUGGUGGUUUGGUCUUCCUCUCCUCUUGCGCGGUGCUCUGUUGUCCUUCCCUUUGACGCUCUUCACCAACAAUCCGGCAAGCCAAGUGAUCUCGAUGACUUUUAUUCUCAUCAUGUACAUGGUGUUCUUGAGCUUGGCCUGGCCAUUCAAAGUGCCGCUCCUGAACGCCGUGGAGACCGCCUGCGGCUGGGCCAUGAUCCUGUUGAUUCUCGGAGGAGCCCUCCAUUUGCCUCAGAUGGAUGCAGAGAUGCUCUUUUCUGCUGCCAUCGUGACCGUCGGCUCCCUUCUUGUCGCCGUGGUCGUCCUCUUGGGUUCAGUGCUGUCUGUUGGAUGUACUGGCAUGCGCAACUUGCGAUCUUCUGAUGGGACCAGAUUCAGGUUGCUGGAUUUGGCACAACUUCCAGAAUAUCAUGAGUUGGCUGACCUCAUCCAUGAGACUGCCACUCAUCUGGUGGACUUGAAACAUGAGAGCCUCACCGAAGAGUUGGGCACCUUGCCACCGUUCGAUCUCAAGCUGCUCCAUGCUUGCAUGUCAAUGGUUGCUCUCGAAGUGAUUCCCGCAGCCGAGACUCUCGCCAAGAAGGUGACGAGGAGUCCCAGUCGCAUUCGAAGGGCUCGCUCCAACGUGAGCUUGGCCACUGCCCACUCCCGCUCAGGCCUGCUUGAAGACAGUGAUCCUGGGGAUCAGAGGAGCCGCUCCAGCCUGACCAUGGUCUCCAAGGAGGAUGAGAGAGUUUUGGAGUCGCCAAGGGAGGAGGUCAGUGAAGCUGCACAGCCGAAGGCUGAGCAGAUUGGUGCGCCGGAGCAUAGUGACCAGCAAGAGGACGUAUUCAUAUACUUCUGA